CGGGCGCGCAACUUUGCAGAACCUCUCCGCCCCAUUUGUCUUCGCCUCAGUCUCCUCUUUCCUCUCCCAGGCGAGAGGACCAGCGGAGGCACCUCUCCCGAGUCUUAGGCUGCAGAGUCUAAGACUUAGAGAGAGGAGCCUGGGAGGAGAUAGACUUUUUCUCCCCUUUUCCCAUCCCUUCUUUUUGCCCAGAGAGGCAAACAGAGGCGCGGAGCUUUAGAAAGUUGCGUGGUCAAGAAGGUAGGUGCUUCCUUUUUUCUCCUCGCGCCGAGGUGGGGCUGGGACCUCCGGACCCAGCUUCUUAACCUCGCGAGGAGCACCUUUUUCGGCUCUAGCAGCCGAUGCUCUUCGGAGCUGCUCUCUGCAGAGCCAGAGGGUGGGUCAGAUUCGCCGAGUGUGUGUGAGGAUGGAUCGCAGAUCCCGAGCUCAGCAAGGGCGCCGAGCUCGCCACAGUUACAACGAUCUGUGCCCACCCCUAGGCCGCCGGGCAGCCACCGCACUCCUCUGGCUCUCCUGCUCCAUCGCUCUCCUUCGCGCCCUCGCCACCUCCAGCGCCCGCGCCCAGCAGCGCGCGGCUGCCCAGCGCCGGAGCUUCCUUAACGCCCACCACCGCUCCGCCGCCCAGGUAUUCCCCGAGCCCCCCGAAUCCUACCACGAGCACGAGGAGGCAGACCUCGAGCUCUCCCUCCCCGAGUGCCUGGAGUACGAGGAAGAGUUCGACUACGAAUCCGAGACCGAGACCGAGUCUGAAAUCGAGUCGGAGACCGACUUCCAGACCGAGCCUGAGACCGCCCCCGCCACUGAGCCCGAGACCGAGCCCGAGGACGAGCGCGGCCCCGUGGUGGCCAAGCGCCGCACCUUCGACCAGUCUCUCACUGAGCGUCUCAACGCCCUGAGGUUGCAGAGCCCCGACGCCUCCCCGAGUCGCGCGCAGCCCAGCACUCGGGAGUCUGAGAGCCCCAGACGAGGGGAGGAGCCCGAGCCCGAGGACAAGGAUCCGAGGGACCCCGAGGAGUCUGAGCAGCCAAAGGAGAAGCAGCGGCGGCGCCGCUGCAAGCCGAAGAAGCCCACCCGCCGCGACCCAUCUCCGGAGUCUCCUUCCAAAAGGGGACCCAUCCCCAUCCGGCGUCACUAA